CCGCCUCCCUGCGCAGCGCGAACAUGGCGGCGGCGGCGGCGGCGGCGAGGGACUGAGGGACUGAGCAGCGCCAGCGCUCGGCGGCCGCGCAGGUUUUGCUAUGCCGCAGUGUUUGUACUGACUCUGCUGUCUUGGAGGAGUGAUGGGGAACUAGAGCCCAUGACAGUUCAGUGGAGCCCUUGGCACUUUUGAUAUCUCGACACCUUCAGUUCUCUAAGAGCAAGCCAGUCCCGGGCUCAGGACAGCAGCAGGUGGUAGAAUGCGGAAACCAGGCCCUCAGAAAGCCAUAGAUUGGAAAGAUGGUAAGAAGCACAAGUACAGCCGCCCGUCAGAGUCUCCCUCCCAGUACCAAGGUCACUUCACCUGGGAGAAAUACCUGAAAGAGACAUGUGCCAUCCCAGCUCCUGCCCAUUGCUUCAAGCAGUCAUACACUCCACCUGCCAACGAGUUCAAGAUCAGUAUGAAGCUGGAGGCCCAGGACCCCCGGAACACCACGUCCACGUGCAUCGCCACCGUGGUGGGGCUGACGGGCGCGCGCCUGCGCCUGCGCCUCGACGGCAGCGACAACAAGAACGACUUCUGGCGCCUGGUGGACUCUGCUGAGAUCCAGCCCAUUGGGAACUGUGAGAAGAAUGGAGGGAUGCUGCAGCCUCCCCUGGGCUUCCGGCUGAAUGCCUCCUCCUGGCCCAUGUUCCUUCUGAAGACUCUGAAUGGAGCAGAGAUGGCUCCUGUCCGGAUUUUUCACAAGGAACCACCAUCUCCAUCCCAAAACUUCUUCAAGACAGGUAUGAAGCUGGAGGCAGUGGACAGGAAGAACCCUCACUUCAUCUGCCCGGCCACCAUUGGGGAGGUGAGAGGUUCUGAGGUCCUCAUAACAUUUGAUGGCUGGAGAGGUGCCUUCGAUUACUGGUGCCGAUAUGAUUCCCGGGACAUCUUUCCCGUAGGCUGGUGCUCGCUGACUGGAGAUAAUCUGCAGCCCCCUGGUACAAAAGUUGUGAUUCCAAAGAGCCCUUUACCUGCCUCCGAAGUAAACUCGGAGAAACCUAGCAUGCACAGUAGCACAAAGACUGUUUUGGGGCAUCAACAAGGGCAAAGGCGUCGCAAAACAGGGAAGAAGCGUGGUCGAACGACCAAAGCGCUAAUCCACCACCCCAUGCCUACACCCUCCAAGUCAGUGGAGCCUUUGAAAUUCCCCAGAAAGAGAGGCCCCAAGCCUGGCAGUAAGAGGAAACCUAGGACAUUGCUGAACCCAGCACCCACCUCUCCAACAACCAGUACCCCAGAGCCAGACACAAGCACUGUGCCCCAGGACGCUGCUACAAUCCCCAGCUCUGCCAUGCAGGCUCCCACAGUUUGCAUUUACUUGAACAAGAACGGCAGCACUGGGCCCCACCUAGACAAGAAGAAAGUUCAGCAGCUGCCAGACCAUUUUGGACCAGCUCGAGCUUCUGUUGUCCUGCAGCAAGCAGUACAGGCCUGCAUUGAUUGUGCUUAUCAUCAGAAAACAGUCUUCUCCUUCUUAAAACAAGGCCACGGGGGAGAGGUCAUCUCAGCUGUGUUUGAUCGGGAACAGCACACUCUGAACCUGCCAGCAGUAAACAGUAUCACCUACGUCCUCCGCUUCCUGGAGAAGCUGUGCCACAAUCUGCGCAGUGACAACCUCUUUGGGAACCAGCCUUUCUCUCAGAACAGCCACAUGCAGCGCUCACACGAGUACGACCACGACAGGUAUCUACCAGACAGAAGCAGUUCGUUAGACGGCUCUCUGCAGGGACCAGGCCGGGGUACAAAGCGCUAUUCCCAAGAUUCCCCUCCAUACACUGCUCCUCUCUCCCCCAAGUUACCAAAGAAUGACCGUCACCCUUUGGAAGGUGAAACCUUUGUCCUGGGAGAUGGCCUCCCAGGGCCCUUGGAGCCUCGCCUGGACCCUAUGGACUCUGCCUUGAACUCUGUCAAUUCCUCCAGCCACAGCAGGAGCUCCAGAGACUGUCGCCUGCCAGGAUACAGGCACCUGCACCAACCCUCGAGCCUCAGCCAGGGCACCUCUGCCCUGCGCAGGCCUAGCUCUGGGGGGUCCGACAGGUACCUGGGCCCCCGGGACGUGUCCCGGCUGAGCGGCCGCGACCCCUCGUCCUGGUCGGUGGAGGAGGUGAUGCAGUUCAUCCGUGAGUCCGACCCGCAGCUGGGCCCCCACGCCGACCUCUUCCGAAAACACGAGAUCGACGGGAAGGCCCUGCUCCUGCUGCGGAGCGACAUGAUGAUGAAGUACAUGGGGCUGAAGCUGGGGCCAGCCCUGAAGCUCACUUACCACAUCGACAAGCUAAAGCAAGGCAAGUUCUGAGAGGACAUUGGCAGGACAGAUCCUGGAAGCUCCGCUCCUGGCCACCCCCACCCGCGCUCACCUGCCGACAGGUUCGCAUGCACACACCCCAUUUACACCGCA